AGUAGUGGAAAAUGGGUUAGUCUUGGCCAACACUGGCCCAUCUCUCUCUCUUCUGCCAUGGCCAGACCCAGCACUGCCUGUGCCACAGGGAUACCUACACUCCUGGGGCUGCAAUGCCCUAGAGGGUGCUGCAUUUCCCCAGGGAACAUGGGCUGGGUGCUGUGCCCACCCUCUUGGCAUGGGGCAGGACAAAGCUGUGAUGGAGCAGCUCUCAGAGGAGCAGGUCCUCUCAAAGGGUGGCAGGUCACCACAGUGGAUGGCAGAUCCCCCGGAGGUGGGCAGGUUCUCAUGAUGGGUGGCAGGUCCCCCAGGGGGGUGGCAGGUCCCCACAGUGGCUGGCAGAUUCCCCCAGGGGAGUGGCAGGACCCCAUGGUGGGUAGCAGAUCACGCAUGGUGAGUAGCAGAUCACCCGUGGUGGGUGGCAGGUCCCUGUGGUGGGUGGCAGGUCCCCACAACAGGCAGCACAUCCCCAUGGCUUUCUUGAGCUCCACUGGUGAUGGCUCAUCACAGUUUGCAGGGACAUGGCACAUCAUGGCUGCUGUUUCCAACUGCCCUGUGUUCCUGAGCAUGAAGGAUAGGAUGAAGUCGUCCAUCACCGACUUUAGCUUCACAGCGGAGGGCAACCUGAUUAUGAAGGCUGUUUUCCCCGUGGCAGAUGAAUGCAAAAAGGUUGAGAUGCUCUUCCAGAAAAAUGCGCAGGCAGGGCACUACACCAACACAGCAGAAGGAAAGCAGGACCUGAGAGUGAUGGAGACGGACUAUGAUCACUACGCUAUCAUGUACGCUGUCAAGGAGAGGGACAAGGAGACCCGCAUCACACUGCAGCUCUACACAAGGGGGCAGGACGUGAGCCCCCAGCUCCUGAAGAAGUUCAAGGAGCUCUACCCCACCAUGGGCCUUACUGAGGACAUGCUGGUGGUCAUGCCAAAGUCGGAUGAGUGCACCCAGGCUGCCAGCAGCUGAAGCCAGAUGGAUGCCCUCCAGACCUUGUGGAAACUGGGCUCUGCUCCCCUCCUCCAUGGUGCCCCUUCCCUUCCUGGCUGGGGUCUGCCAGACCUGCUGCUCCCACCAGGAACACACUUCUCCUUCCUUAAAUAAAUAG